UGUUUAUUCGAUGCUAAGUAUUUAGUCAAUUCAAACAGUUUUGUCUUGUUAUGAUGAGUACUCAGAAGGGAAAUGUUCGUAAAUCUGGUCCCCAAAAAUAUCAGAAUAAAUCAGCUUUUAAAAACAAUCUUCAUGACACAACCCCAAGAGUAAAGCUGAUGAACAGUGUGGUACUGGGAGGUGUCUGCAGACGAUGUAAAGAUGUCAUUGACUGGAAAAUAAAGUACAAGAAAUACAAACCACUAACGGUUCCUAAAAAGUGCACAAAGUGUCUCCAAAAAAGGAUAAAGCAAGCAUACUAUACUAUCUGUAUUCAGUGUGCUAAAGAAAGAAACAUCUGUGCUAAAUGUGGAGAAAAAUCAGAAAUUGUGGAAGAGGCAGAGACACGCACUCCUGCAGAACAAAUGUCAAAUGAAGCACAGCUAGAAGCAGAACUGAAAAUGUUACCAGAGAGAAAAAGAAGAACCAUUUUCCGUGUACAACAGCAAGGAAAGUUAUCGAGCGAACAAUUAGAAGAAGCAUGUGGAGAUGUUGAUGAUGAGUUUUUGAAUGAUUCUGAUGACUUACCUACAGAAGACACAGAUCCUGAUGAUGAGGAAUGUCACGAGGACUUUUGUAAUGAAAGCGAUGAGACUAGCAAAGAAAAAAAAAGCGAUGAGACUAACUAAGAAAAAAAAUAGUGUUAUAACUUAAGAUGAAUAAGAAUGUUUUUAAUACAUGCAUAAAAUUUUGAUCAAUGUUAUUUAUUGUA